CCCCGGAGCGGAUAUCCGGCCCCGCCUCACACACAGCCGCUCUCGGGCCGCCGGGCUGAGGAGAGCGAGAGGCGCGUCCCGGAGCCCCGCCGACCCCUCGAGCCCCGCGCGGUGCGGCGCGGCCCGGCCCCGCCAUGGGCUGCACGCUGAGCGCCGAGGACAAGGCGGCGGUGGAGCGGAGCAAGAUGAUCGACCGCAACCUGCGGGAGGACGGCGAGAAGGCGUCCAAGGAGGUGAAGCUGCUGCUGCUCGGUGCAGGAGAGUCUGGUAAAAGCACCAUUGUGAAGCAGAUGAAGAUCAUCCAUGAGGAUGGCUAUUCAGAGGAAGAAUGCAAACAGUAUAAAGUGGUUGUCUACAGCAAUACCAUUCAGUCCAUCAUUGCAAUAAUAAGAGCCAUGGGAAGGCUAAAGAUAGACUUUGGGGAAGUUGCCAGAGCAGACGAUGCCCGUCAGUUGUUUGUGUUGGCUGGAAGUGCCGAGGAAGGAGUGAUGACUCCUGAGCUAGCUGGAGUGAUUAAACGAUUAUGGCGAGAUGCUGGGGUCCAAGCCUGCUUCAGCAGAUCAAGAGAGUAUCAACUUAAUGACUCAGCAUCCUAUUACCUAAAUGACUUGGAUAGAAUAUCCCAGCAGACCUACAUUCCAACUCAGCAAGACGUUCUGCGGACCAGAGUGAAGACUACAGGCAUUGUGGAAACUCACUUCACCUUCAAGGACCUGUACUUCAAGAUGUUUGAUGUUGGUGGCCAGCGAUCAGAACGAAAGAAAUGGAUCCACUGCUUUGAAGGCGUGACAGCGAUCAUAUUUUGUGUAGCCCUCAGUGAUUAUGACCUUGUCCUUGCAGAAGAUGAAGAAAUGAACCGAAUGCAUGAGAGUAUGAAACUGUUUGACAGCAUUUGUAACAACAAAUGGUUUACAGACACCUCAAUCAUUCUCUUCCUGAACAAGAAAGACCUGUUUGAGGAAAAGAUUAAGAGGAGCCCAUUAACGAUCUGCUACCCAGAGUACACAGGCUCUAAUACAUACGAGGAGGCAGCUGCAUACAUUCAGUGUCAGUUUGAAGAUCUGAACCGAAGAAAAGACACCAAGGAGAUCUACACCCACUUCACCUGUGCCACUGACACAAAGAAUGUGCAGUUUGUGUUUGAUGCCGUUACAGAUGUUAUCAUUAAAAACAACCUGAAGGAAUGUGGACUCUAUUAAGGAGGAAGUUUUUAAGAUGUGGCGUUUUGAGAAGCAGACUGUUUCUUUGCUGCCUCACGGACAGCUGCAAGCAUGAACAGGACCAGGGGAAUGAAAACAGCAUGCAAAAUUCUUGCAUUCCUUAGCACAAUCUUCUUUUAUUAGGACCUUUUUAUUGAUCUGGGAUGUUGAAGUUAAAGAUCUCAAAAUGGAACAACUGUUAAGUGUGAUUUGAUCAUUCAGGCAGCAGUCAGAUUGCAUAAUCUCAAGUGUGUACAGCUGUUGUGAAACUGAGGUGCUGGAUUCCAGAACUUCAGUAUGUAGCUUUUCUCUUUCUUUGAUUAACAAGCCACCACUAGUCUGUUUUUAAGAUUUUUUCCAUCAAGAAAACUAUAUAACUUUUAGUAAAUUUUAUUUCUUUAUUUGCAAAUGAAUCUUGUUUUAAAAAACAAAAAAUCACUUAACUAUGCACAUGAUGUGACCAGAUCAUGCAGAAAGUAUUCCUCUUAGUAGGAAAUCUUUGUUUUUAAUGCUUGGUAUGGUCAGAGUUGAAUAUUUCUGCAACUAUUUAAAAGAUCCAUAGAAUUCUUAUGACUAUAGCUUCAGUUUCUUCUGAUGUGUAACUUGUUACCAUCCUGCUACAAAUACCUUAAGGCUUUUAAAAGAGGUAGUGGAGGUUUCUGCAGCAGGAUAACACGUCUUAACUUGUGGUUGGGGUUUACCUGGGCUAUGCUGGUCACCAGAUUACUGAGAUUUGUACUGGGGUAGUAAGCUUUAAAGACGGCUUCUUGGGUGACAAUUUACCUAGGAAUGCUUCCAUCUGAAGGGACAAAUUGCUAAAUUCCAAACUGGAUGGAGCAUACAUGCUGCUACAAAGCUACUAAAUCAACCACUUAGAUCCUUGUAUGUUUGUUUGUUUGUUUCUUGGUCUAAAGCAGUGGGGAAUCUUGUAAAAGAUGCACCUUGUUCUGCAUUUUACCAUGGCCUUUUCGGUUCAGAGACUUCUAAACUGUAUUGACAGCAUGCCUUUACUUUGUAAAUGUGGUGCCAAAUUCCUGUUUGCCAUUUGUUUUUACUAGUAAUAUUCUUAACAAGUCAGUGCAUUCCUUUGCUGAAACUAUUGCAUUAUGAGACUUUUCCCAAUUUGUCAUGUGUACAGUUUCAACCUGUUAUAGUUGUUGGCAGUAUUAAAAUGGUGAGUAAACGGUU